UAUUUGCUCAUUUUCUAACCGCUGAUACUUGCAGACAGGGAAAAAUACAGGUUGUUAGAGAGAGAGGAAGCUUUUUCGUCUCUCCAUUUUUUCACUUCUCCCUACUUUUUUGCACCCCUCUUGAAGAGAGAGAGACUGGUUAGAGAGAGUGAAGCUUGUUAGAGAGGGAUGGAACGAAGUUUGUUGUUUAGAGAGAGAGAGAGAGAGCAAUUCUUAUGGUCUGGUUUGGCCUUUCUUCUCUCCAUAAUCUCAGUUCUGAAAGUUGAGAGAGAGACCAAAACCUGCUUCUUAAUAGAGAGAGAACAAAGCCUGCUUUCUUGUUUUUUUUCAUUUCUCCAUAACCUCAUCUCACUAAGAAUUUGAUGCGCUACUCUCUCUCCUCUAUCAACGCACAGUCCAUCCUAAAAUUCCACACGACAUUGGCCCCUCACACUCCUCUCUCUCUCCUCCAGAAGUGCUCCAACACCAAACACCUCAACCAGCUUCUCUGUCUCUUGAUCACUAACCCAAUUCCGAAUCUCUUUACAUGGAACGCCAUUAUCAGAGCUUACGCUCACAGCUCACAACCCCAACAAAGCGUCCUCCUUUACAACCACAUUCUACGCCAUUACUUUCUCUCUCUAGACAAUUACACUUUCCCCUUUGUCUUCAAGGCCUGUGCCCGUCUCUCUCUAAAACCAAAGGGUGAAGAGAUUCAUGCCACCACCGUAAAAUUAGGGUUUGAAUCCGAUGUUUUUGUUCAGAAUUCUAUGGUCUCCAUGUAUGGAUCCUGCAACUCAAUAAGAGAAGCUAAAAUGGUAUUCGAUUCCAUGAAGACCAGAGACGUGGUUUCAUGGAACUGUAUCAUUGCUUGUUAUUUACAGAGAGGAGAAUCAGAGCAUGCUUUGAAGCAAUUUGAAGAAAUGCUUAGGAAUUCUAUAAACCCUAAUGGAUUCACAAUUGCUAGUGCUCUUGCUGCUUGUGCUCGAACAGGGGACCUGGAUACAGGGAAGAGGCUCCACAAUAUAAUCCAUGAGCUAGGUUUAGGGUUAGAUGUGUUUGUAGGUUCAGCUCUGAUAGAUUUGUAUUCAAAAUGUGGGUCUAUAGUUGAAGCUCGGAACGUGUUUGACGAAAUGCCUGAAAGAAAUGUGGUUUCUUGGACCUCCAUGAUAGCUGGUUAUUCACAGUUGGGUUAUUUCAAAGAGGCCAUAGAACUCUUUAGAGAGAUGCAGGUUAAGAAUGUGAAUCCUGAUGAGGCCACUGUGGUUUGUGUGCUUAAGGCCUGUGCUCAUCUUGGGGCCCUCGAUAUGGGUCGAUGGGUUCAUGCCUUCUGUGAAAAAAACCAUAUAGAAAUGAAUCUCACUGUAAAUAAUUCUCUGAUUGAUAUGUAUUCAAAGUGUGGAAGCAUCAAUAGAGCCUCGGCGUUGUUUAGAGAGAUGGUCAAGAAAGAUGUUUUCUCGUGGACUGUGAUGAUAUCAGGGCUCGCCAUGAAUGGGGAUUGUUAUGAUGCUUUGGAACUUUUUAAACAGAUGGAUGCAUCCAGUGUGAGGCCUAAUGAGGUUACAUUUUUGGGUGUUCUAUCUGCUUGUAGUCAUGGAGGAUUGGUUAGGGAGGGGCACCAUUAUUUCAAUUUGAUGAUUGAGAAUUAUGGGUUGAAGCCAAGAAUCGAGCACUACGGGUGCAUGGUUGACCUUCUUGGGCGUGCUAAUCUCUUGUUGCAGGCUGCAGAUUUCAUAGAAUUGAUGCCCAUUAAACCUGAUGCAGUGAUUUGGAGAGCACUAUUGUAUGCAUGUAGGCAAGAUGGAGAUAUUAAAUUGGCUGAGAGAGCAGCUAAAGAGAUACUCAAAUUGGAACCUGGAAAUUGUGGGGUUCAUGUUAUGUUGUCAAAUAUUUAUGCAUCUUUUUCUAAAUGGGAAGAUGUGCAUAGAGUUAGGAAAUUCAUUAGAGAUGGGGGAGUUAGGAAGCAACCUGGGUGCACUUUUAUCGAAGUAAAUGGUGUUAUUCAUGAGUUUCUUGUUGCAGAUGAUUCACACCCACAGUUUGAAAUGCUAUGCUCGAUGCUCAUUGGAAUGGACAGUCAGUUAAGAUUGUCGGGAUCAAAAUGACAUGGUCAGAAGCAGUGAGAAAAGAUAUCGGAAUUUAUGGCCUUACUGAUGGUAUGGCCCUUGAUAGAGCAGAAUGACGGACUAAGAUUCGUGUAGCUGAUCCCAAAUAGUUGAGAAAAAACUCUGAUGAUGAUAAUGGUGUACUGAUUGACCACACCCCUUAAUGAUUUUGAAGUUAUGCACUCGUGGGCAAGAACGUGCUAUUAGGAUGUGACUUCUUAGGCGGCUCUUCUCUAAUGGCUUCUCUAACCAAUCAAAUUGACCAA